AUGGCCGCCAGCAAGAUUGGCCGCGGCCUGGCCAAGGCCCUGGGUAUCAAGUUAGAAUAUCGAGACGAGUUGCAGUUGAACGAAGAGAUUCGACGUGGAGAAUCUGUCUUCUCCUCUCAAACCGCCGACACGUAUGUUGAAGAGGAACCAAGGAGUGCCGAAUGGAUCGCUGAUGUCCUCCCAAAUGGACAUGACCUGGUUACAUAUACCCGUUCGUUGUUUCCCUUUACGCACUGGAUAGGACGAUACAACUUGCAAUGGCUUGCUGGUGAUCUCGUGGCUGGUAUUACAAUUGGAGCAGUUGUCGUUCCCCAGGGUAUGGCAUAUGCUGGUUUGGCUGAUCUGCCAGCACAAUACGGCCUUUACACCUCCUUCAUGGGUGUGCUUAUCUAUUGGUUCUUUGCUACCUCCAAGGACAUCACUAUUGGUCCUGUCGCUGUCAUGUCAACGCUUGUAGGUAAUAUCGUCACCAAGGCCAAAAAAUCCCACCCGGACAUCGAGGGACAUGUCAUUGCUUCAUGCUUGGCUGUUAUUUCGGGUGCUAUUAUUGUAACAAUUGGCCUGCUUCGCUUGGGCCGGAUAGUUGAUCUAAUUCCCCUCGUCUCGAUCUCUGCCUUCAUGACGGGAUCUGCACUCAAUAUCGCAACAGGCCAGCUUCCAGGGUUGAUGGGCAUCACUGGUUUCAGCAGCCGCGACGCUUCCUACAAAGUUCUGAUCCACACGUUGCAGGGCCUUCCCCGCACUACACUGGACGCGGCAAUGGGUCUUACGGCUCUGGCAAUGCUAUACCUGAUCAGAUCCGCCUGCAAAUUUGCUGCCAAGAGAUAUCCCAAGCAUCAAAAGGCCAUCUUUUUUAUCUCAACCCUCCGCACCGCCUUUGUCAUUUUGCUCUAUACGAUGAUAAGCUGGCUCGCGAAUCGGCAUCAUCGUAAGCACCAUCUCUUCAAGAUCUUGGGGACAGUGCCACGUGGAUUCAAAGCCGCUGCCGUUCCUACGGUCAAUAAAUCGAUUAUUAAGAUAUUUGCGAGCGACUUGCCUUCAACAGUCAUUGUGCUUUUGAUUGAGCACAUUGCCAUUUCCAAGUCUUUUGGACGGGUUAACAACUACAUCAUUAACCCGUCCCAGGAAAUGGUGGCAAUUGGCGUCACCAAUCUUCUUGGUCCCUUCCUGGGAGCGUACCCUGCCACUGGAUCCUUUUCUCGAACAGCUAUCAAAUCCAAAGCCGGAGUACGAACUCCAUUUGCAGGUGUUAUUACUGCCGUGAUCGUUCUUUUGGCUAUCUAUGCCCUCCCUGCCGUGUUUUAUUACAUCCCCAAUGCUUCACUGGCUGCUGUUAUUAUUCACGCUGUCGGUGAUUUGAUUACACCGCCAAAUACCGUGUACCAGUUCUGGCGAGUUUCUCCUCUAGAGGUUCCAAUCUUUUUCGCAGGCGUCUUGGUCACGAUAUUUUCAUCCAUUGAGAACGGAAUCUACACAACUAUAUCUGCCUCCUUUGCGAUAUUGCUUGUCCGUAUUCUCUGGGCCAAAGGUCGCUUCCUUGGCAAGGUCAAAGUUCAUUCGGUGGUCGGCGACAAGAUUAUUGGAGAUGUCUCGAAGCCCUUACUCCCUGGAGACAAUAACUCCUUUGCCAAGUCUGGGGGAUCCCAUGAUGACACCUCAACUCGCAACAUCUUCCUUCCAAUCGACCAUGGUGAUGGAUCUAAUCCUGAUAUCGAGGUUCAAACACCAUACCCAGGUGUCUUCAUUUACCGUUUCAACGAAGGUUUCAACUACCCCAAUGCAAACCAAUACCUCGAUCAACUAACAAAUCACAUUUUUGCAACAACCCGCCGCACAAACCUCGAUCAUUACCCUCGCCCUGGCGAUCGACCAUGGAAUGAUCCCGGACCACGCCGUGGCAAAACCGCAGUCGAUCUCACCAACAGGCCAGCACUCAAAGCCAUCAUAUUAGACUUCAGCGCAGUCAACAACGUCGAUAUAACUUCUGUGCAACAACUCAUUGAUGUUCGCAACCAACUUGAUCGCUACACUUCCCCAUCAGUCGUGGAUUGGCAUUUUACGUCCCUCAACAACCGCUGGACAAAGCGCGCUCUCGUCAGCGCUGGCUUUGGAUAUCCUACUGUUUUCCCCGGCGAUACAGCUAUAUCUCGUUGGAAGCCCAUCUUCAGCGUGGCUGAUAUUGGAGGAUCGGACUCCGCAGCAAACGCAGCAGAAGCCAGCUUGAGCGAGAAGGAGCUCAAGGAGCAGCGUAUUCGCGAGCUGCAGCGCCCGAAGCACCCCGAUGACAUCGCCCGGGAUGGCCCUCGAGCCGAUUCUAGCAGUGGGAGGUCGAGCGGUGAUUUGAAGGAGGCGGCAGUGAGGGGAGACCAUUACGGAAGAGCAGCGGUCGUACAUGGACUCAACAGACCACUGUUCCAUAUCGAUCUCACCAGUGCGCUGCAAAGUGCUAUUGCAAACGUCAAGGCCAGGGAUGAAUUUGAAGGCAGAGGUGGAGAGGGUAUUGGCGAGGUGCCGUAA